UCGUAAGACUUCUGAAGUUUGUCUAAAGCCUGGUUAAAGUUCUUCUCGUUUGGAAACUAAGGGGAUUUGUCUUCGCAAGCAACUGUAUCGCGUUUUCUGGGCUGUGUAGAGAUCGUUCAUGCUCAGCCUAUUAACAAGAUGACAAAGAUGCCAAGAAAUAGACCAUCAUUCAGCUACCUGCAGCUACUGGUAUUUCUUGGUUUUCAAACAUUUUGCUGUGAAGGGAUCCCAUUAAGUGAAGACGCCCCUGACUUCAAUAGAACCGAGUAUGCCGUCUGCGAGAUGAGACCCAGCUUCUCACUGCCCGAGGGGAAGCUUCAGAUUAAUGGGCAGGUACUGUUCAAGCAGGGUCACCCCAAGGGCACAUUAUGGGUAAUGGUCAACCUACACGGCUUCCCUCACAAGGAUGAGCAGUCCAGAGCUAUCCACAUCCACGAGUUUGGGGACCUAGCCAGUGGCUGUGAGUCCACCGGUGGCCACUAUAACCCAGUGCAUGUCGACCACCCCAAUCACCCUGGGGACCUCGGAAACUUCUCGGCUCACCACAAGAACAUCCAGAAGCUUCUGAGAGCCCCAGCCACGCUGUUCGGGGAGCAGUCCAUCCUGGGUCGGGCCGUGGUGAUCCACGAGAACGAGGACGACAUGGGCCUGGGAGGCGACGAGGGCAGCCUGCUGCAUGGGAACGCAGGUCGGAGGCUGGCCUGCUGCAUUGUUGGAAUCAGCACCUCCAGACACUGGGAUCAGACUUUGGAGCCCACCAGGGAAGAAUAAACCAUGUGACCGCCGUUAUCAGCCACUGGGUAUCAUCACAGAUUCCAAACAAGCAACCAGAUAUCCAGCUCUGUGUUCACUUUCAAAGGUGUAUUUCUCAGUCUUUGAAACAUUUCUAGUAGUUAUAUCAGCAAUGCUUUAUUUUACAGACUGUUAAUUACCUAGUACUUAUUAGGUAAUUAUAUUUUAUUUUGAUUUCAAUACUGACUUUGGUUCACAGUACUUGCCAACUGAAAUGAAAGUACUGUAAUACUAAUAAUUACACAAGUAGCUGUGUACCUACCCAGUAAAUACUAGGUAAUUAACAGGCUGUAAAAUGAAGCAUUACCUUUAUAUCUUUUGCAUGAAGGGGGCAUGACAAUGGACAAUUCUCUGGUCAUGGCUGUAGUGUACUCCAUAUUCAUAAACAUUAAUAUAGCUACAAACCCUAGAAAGUAGUCAGGAUGGAAGGAAAGCAGGAGCUAGCCUUCUGGCUGGUGUAAGGAAUCUGUGAUAGGAUGCAGUGAUGUGAAGCAAAAUUAAAAUCAGAGGGAGAAGUGAAGGUGAUCAAAAAUGACAUGUAUUUUGGAAAAUGACACAGGACAUACAGAAUAAUUAUCUACCACUGACAGUCUAGAUUAGCAUUACUAAUCGCAGUUCUUUGCCGUUUUAUUUUGUUAUGACAAUAUUACACAGAAUAAUAUCGUGAUAAUAAUUAAGUGUAAUUGUGUGUUACUCAUCAAAAUAAAGGUCGCUGGAAAAGCUGAA